GCGCAACCACAGCUUCCACCACAACCCAGUUCAGUGACGUCUGAGGAGUUCGCAUAUCAGGAGGUUUCAGAAACAACCAAACAUAUCAGUGUAGCUCUACCUGACUUUCUAAAGUAGGAUCGGUUUUAGUGCAGCACCUGUCUCGCCAUGGCUGACGACAUGUCCUCCCUGCUGAGCCUCGAGGAGGAGCUCACGUGCAGUAUAUGUCUCAGUCCCUUCGAGAGCCCCGUGACUACUCCUUGUGGCCACAAUUUUUGUCGAGGUUGCCUGGAUUUGAUAUGGCGGGAUAGCGAACAGACGGGACUCGGUUUCAACUGUCCGCAGUGCCGGUCCCACUUCGUCACCAAACCCGAGCUGAGAAAGAACACGGUUCUUGACGCAGUAGUUGACAAGUUCAAAUUGAAAUCAAAGGCCGACAUCUUCAGCAAUGUCAUGAUGACGACGAAGACGGAGCCAGAGGUGGCGCCGAUUAAAUGCGACGCUUGCAUGGGGGGAAAGGCAUGCAAGACCUGCCUCACCUGCAUGGCGUCCUACUGUGUGGAGCACGUGAGACCACACCUGGAGAACCCGGUUUUUGCCACGCACCAGCUCCGCGAGCCACUGGCAGACCUGCAGGAGCGCAUCUGCCUUGACCACUCUAAAAUUAUGGAAUUCUUCUGCAUCCAGCACAGACGCUGUAUUUGCAGCUUCUGUCUGCAGCAAGAGCACAAGGACUGCAUGUCCUGUACGCCAGACAAACAACGGAUUCUGCAGGAGUCUGACUUAAAGAUGAAGCUGUCUCAGCUGGAUGUUAUGAUAGAGAUGACACAAUCGGCCUUGUCCCAGAUGAAGGAACAACAACUUGUGCUGAAAGCCUCGACGACCAAUCGGAAGCGAGAGCUAGAAAUGGUGUACAGGCAGAUCAGGGAGAUGCUCGACAGAGACGAGCAGCAGGCCAUGAAGAGCGUGGAAAAGGAGGAGGAGGCUCCCCAGUCCAGGCUCUUCUCAAUGAUGAAAAAGUUCAACCAGAACGUGGAGGAGAUGAGCGGGGCAAGAGACCGCAUCACCCGCCUUUUGGCCCAGACGCAGUCCCUGGCUUUCCUGCAGGCCAGUGUGGACCUGCCUUCAGCUGUGGACGUUGAGCAGCACAUUCCUCGGCUCAACAUCAACACCAAGCGUGCCCACCUUGAGUCUGCCACUGCCCUGAAAGAGUACCUGGAAAACAUACUAAAGCAGCCUGUAGAUAAUAGAGUCGCACUGCUCAAACAAGGUGGGUGUGUGUGUGUGUGUGUGUGUUUAUGAGAGAGAGAGUGAGAGCGUGCGCAUGUGAGACGUGCACGUGUGUGAGAGUCCGUGCAUGUGCGUGG